AUGGUACGCUCAAUUCGUAACAUCAAUUACAAAAAUGGUACACACGACAAACGAAAUUUAUUAGACGUUUAUUAUUCAAAUGAAGAUUCACUAAGAGAUGUUCUUGUGUUUGUUCAUGGUGGUAAAUGGAAAAGUGGUCAUAAAAAUAGAUAUAAAUAUCUUGGACGAAAUUUUGUUCGUAAAGGUUUAGUUACUGUAAUUAUUAAUUACAGUUUAGCACCUAAUGAAAUAGAGAGAAUGGCUCAAGAUUGUACUGCAGCUGUCAUAUGGGUACGUCAGCAUAUAUCUAAUUAUGGUGGUGAUCUAAAUCGAAUAUUUCUUAUGGGUCAUUCAAGCGGAGGACAUUUAAUAGAAUUUAUUAAUUCGAAUACUCGAUUCUUCAAUCAAUAUAAUAUUAAAAAUCCAAUUUAUGGUAUUAUUUUACUCGAUGCAUUUGGCCUUGACAUGUAUGAAUAUUUAGAUCAAGCAGCAUCGAAAAAUAAUAAAGAUUAUGAUACAUUUAUACAAGUAUUUUCUAAAGAUCGACAAAAAUGGAGUGAAGCAUCACCAAUGAAAUAUUGGAAAAAAAUACGAAAUCCUCAUCUUAUUUUAAUUGGUCAAAAAACUCAUCCAUCGAUUCAAACUCAAAAUAGACAUCUGUUUGGGAAUUUAACAGUUUCACAAAAGGCGUCGGCAGAAUUUUAUGAAAUUCCUCGUAAACACCAUGUCGAAAUGAUUAUUAAUAUGUUUUUCAGGAGAAGUCAACAGUACGAUAUUAUUUUAAAUUUUAUGCGCAGAAAUUGA